AUGUUUCCAAACAACGACCUCCUGAACUCCUCGCAUCCCUCGCCCUCGAAUCCGCCCACCAUGCAGUCCCUCGCGCUCCCAGUGGAGGUCAUCGAGGGCAUCAUCGACCGCUGCUCUGAUCACACGAAGAUACUGCUUGCCUUCGCUCUCACCUGCCACGACCUCCAUCCUCGUAGCAUCCUCGUCCUAUUCACGGACGUCCGCCCUCGCAGCAGGAAAAAGCUCUUUGAUCUCUGUGACGUGCUCAAGGCGAAGCCCGAGCGUCAGCCUUUCAUACUUCCCUACGUAGACGAGGAGUUCACGAAAUCAUUGCUCGGGAUAGGUCCACCGGUGACUCCCGCUUCGCUUCCCACCCUCAACCGUCAUCAAACAUCGCCCACACUCCCUCAGUUAUCAGACGGGACCUAUGAGGUCUCGUUCACAUUGCAGAUAGAUGCUUCGACGGACGAGAUCAAACGCGCUGUGGAAAUCUUGGCAGGUCCGGUAGCAAUGAAGAUCAGCACCGUCACUGUGUUCCUCCGGCAUGAUGACCACUGGAGAAGAUCCUCAGUAAAUACCCCGCCCAUCGUGUGGUACUCGCAGUAA